AUGGCAGCCCAGCGACAACUUCCCUACCUUCCGUAUUUCCCUACUCUCGAUCUCGCCAUCGCAGCUGCAGAUGGCACCAAGCGCGUCUGGGCAAGGGACAGGCUUCUGGGUGAUCGCCAGGGCUCGAAACAAUACGUUGUCGCCAGAGAAAGAGCAUUAUACCAAGAGUUGCUUAGGCGAGAUGCAAAGCAUCGCGUCUACUAUGAGGUUCUGCUGAGUGGCACAGCCACCAGGUUCUACCUUGACGUUGAGUUUGAGCGUGCGACGUCGGAUGCAGAACUUUCAAUUGUUAAAAGCAAUGUGAUGCAUUACUUCAAUGAUGAGAAUGAUGCACAACUUCGCGGCAGCCUGAUGGUAAGGAGUCGAGCGCUCAAGGAUACCGCCUUCUCUGAGCAGACUGCGAGCAAGGUCAUUCAUCAGAUCCAAGACAUGCUGGCGACGGGACUUCAGGCCAGAUUCGACCCUCCUGAGAACGUGCUAGCCGGGACAGUGGUGAUGACAGCGUCAACCCCGUCAAAGCUGUCGUUUCACAUCGUGACGAAUGUGUCUAUCGACGACCAGAAGUCCAGUGGUGCUGCUCUGGCGUACGAUCUCGGCAUGAGCUUCCGACUCUACUUCGUGAUGGUUAUGCGAGAGAUCCACGCUGCGGACCCCGGCUUGACUUCCCAAAGAGCCGAGGUGUUGCUUAUCCUCUUGCAGCUCCACAAGCGUGGUAAGUCCAGUUUCGCCAUGGACCUAGCCCCCUACGCUCGUCGUCAGUUGUUCCGUCUAGGAGGGUGCACCAAAGCCCACCAAAAGAGAUUCCUCCGGCCGCUGGCGGUCAAUGUCCCGGUCAUCACUGGUGCCGAUUCUCCCGUCCCCACUAUGGCCAGCUUGUUCCCUUCUUCUGCCUCCUGGGCGGCCACGCUGUGUCAAGGUGGCCACGCCGACUUGUGGCCCAAUGACCAUGAGAUCUCGUACGCCUACAACAGCUCGUACCCGUGGCCGAAGCCGGUUGGUGCAGAUGGCAACAUGGAUCAAUAUCCUCACGUCAGUGAAUUCAUUCACGAUCACUCAACCGCGGAGAGAUUGCGCCUCGCAGGCCAACCCGGCAUACGCGCAGCGGCCCCCCAUGUGAGGCUCGCAACCGUUGUUCCCGGCCACACGUCCGUCCUGGACGACAUCACGGUCAUAGUAGGCGAGGAUGGGGUGUCAACUCGAGCUUUCGUCGAGUACCGCGAGCACGAGCAGGUCUACUGCCCGCGCUGUGAGACGAAUGCGAAGACGGAUGCCCAGGGUCGGACAGUGGGGUACGAGGGCGUGGGGCCUGAUCCAAGCGCUGUCAUCACCUUAUCCGCGAGUGGGCAGAACGCCCUCUACUGUUUUGCUGACUGCAAAACCAUGUUCUUCUGCUCGUUGACUUUCGUCCGCCAGCCUAUGUAUGUGCAGCCGCAUCAAGAGGUUCACCUGGCCAGUGGUGCAGACAGGAUCAACAUGAAUGGCCGGCAGGACUUCAAGAUCGACCCUUCCACUCGCCUGUCCGCCGUAUCCGCACCGACCGGGGCCGGCAAGAGCACUCUGAUCACGUCGUACCUGGAUGGCCAUCCCGAGGCCAAGGUAUUGGCCAUCUCUUACCGGCAGAGUCUUGCCUGCUACCAGGCUAACCGUUGGAGCUGUAAGCAGUGGUCACCACUGCUUCACGACUUAACCAUUUUCGGCCGCGUUUCGGCGCUCGCCGCCUUUCCGCGACUUAACCAUUUUCAGCCGCGUUUCGGGAUCAAUUCUUCUGGAAUCAAUUUCUGCUCUCGUCUUGGCUAUCACUGA